AUGGGUGCUCCAUUCCCAGCAGCCACCAGACCGUCCUAUAUGACACAUCACACCACGCCACACUGCCGCCUCAGAAAUGAUUGGCCACUGAUCUCCUUCGAGUUGGCCGAGUACACCGCUAAUGUGGAUGGUGUAGGUACGCUUCGUCUCCUGGACGCCAUAAAGACAUGCGGUCUGACCAACAGCGUAAAAUUCUACCAGGCCUCCACUAGUGAGCUGUACGGCAAAGUUCAAGAGAUCCCUCAGAAGGAAACUACGCCCUUCUACCCUCGCUCACCUUACGGUGCUGCGAAGCUCUACGCCUACUGGAUCGUGGUGAACUUUCGAGAAGCCUACAACAUGUUUGCUGUCAACGGGAUCCUCUUUAACCACGAGAGCCCGAGGAGAGGUGAGCUCACAGCAUGACGCUCAUUCUGCUGUUCCAUGACACCACCAAGUCGUGGUUGUU